CGUGUAACGCCGCUGACAGCACCGUGCGCGUGCCCGGUAAACAACUGUUUGUUUACGGCUGAAGCGCUUUUUAAAGAAGCAAAAAAGCGGCGUUCGUGGGGCUUUUUUGCAACGCUGUUGUUUUAUUUAGUUUAUUUUGUUGGACUUGUCCACAGUGGAGCUGCACUUUCCCCGAGUCGACAUGUCGAUUUUACCUUUCACUCCCCCCAUCGUCAAAAGACUUUUGGGCUGGAAGAAAGGCGAGCAGAACGGCCAGGAGGAGAAAUGGUGCGAAAAAGCCGUCAAAAGUUUAGUGAAAAAGCUGAAGAAAAGCGGCCAACUGGACGAGCUGGAGAAAGCCAUCACUACCCAAAGUAUCAGCACCAAGUGCAUCACCAUCCCCAGGUCCCUGGAUGGCCGCCUGCAGGUGUCCCACAGAAAAGGUCUCCCUCACGUCAUCUACUGCCGUUUGUGGCGCUGGCCCGACCUCCAGUCCCACCAUGAGCUUCGGGCGGUGGAUCUGUGUGAAUAUGCCUUCCACACCAAGAAGGACGAGGUCUGUGUCAACCCCUACCACUACCAGAGGGUGGAGACGCCAGUUCUUCCACCAGUACUGGUGCCCAGACACACAGAAAUUCCCAGUGAGUUCCCGCCUCUGGAUGAUUACAGCCACUCGAUCCCAGAAAACACCAACUUCCCUGCAGGCAUCGAACCCCAGAGCAACUACAUACCAGAAACUCCGCCGCCGGGCUACCUCAGUGAAGAUGGAGAGACGAGUGAUCACCAGAUGAACCACAGCAUGGACACCAGCUCGCCAAACCUGUCGCCCAACCCCGUCUCACCCUCACACAGCAACUUAGACCUUCAGCCCGUGACAUACUGCGAGCCGGCCUUUUGGUGUUCCAUUUCCUACUACGAGCUAAACCAGCGCGUAGGAGAGACCUUCCACGCCUCGCAGCCCUCGCUGACCGUGGACGGAUUCACGGAUCCCUCCAACUCUGAGCGAUUCUGUCUGGGUUUGUUGUCCAACGUCAACCGAAACGCUGCUGUGGAGUUAACACGCAGACACAUCGGCCGUGGUGUGCGACUCUAUUACAUUGGAGGAGAAGUGUUUGCCGAGUGUCUCAGUGACAGCGCCAUCUUUGUCCAGAGUCCCAACUGCAACCAACGCUAUGGCUGGCAUCCUGCCACCGUCUGCAAGAUCCCCCCAGAGAUAUCUUCACAACCAGGAGUUGCUGCCUUGUUGGCCCAGUCAGUCAACCAGGGCUUUGAGGCGGUCUAUCAGCUGACCAGGAUGUGCACGAUUCGCAUGAGCUUCGUGAAGGGCUGGGGCGCCGAGUACAGGCGGCAGACGGUGACUAGCACCCCCUGCUGGAUUGAGCUGCACCUGAACGGGCCGCUGCAGUGGCUGGACAAAGUGCUGACACAGAUGGGCUCCCCCAACAUCCGCUGCUCCAGCGUCUCCUAAAGAAAGCCCAGCACUCGAGAACACAGACAGACUCUGAGCCUCGUCCGUGGUCCUCUGUCUGUUCCGGGGUCCCGCCUCCCCGCCUCCCCCUCAGAGCACGUUUUACAUACAGUUCAUGCUGUCUGUGGCUGAAAUGGAACACGUGCAUUAAAGCAUGUUCAUACCAUCGCCACCUUUUGUUUUAAAGGAUAUUUUUAUAUGAUUGCUCCUAUUUUUAAAUUCCAGAGCGCCCAAAGCAGCAGGAGUGUUUCCCUCAUUUUUUUUUUUUUUUUUCCCCCAGUUAAGAGAUUCUCAUUUUAUUUUCUUCUUCACAGAAUCUUCUCUUGAUUUUCACGUGUUUUAUGAAUUUAGAACUUUUUUAAGGCUUUAAAAACAAGUUUUGUACAACAUUGGAUCACGUUAAAGACGCUUCAUUUGGUUGUAUUUCUGUCUGUGGGCAUUUGAACAUUUUAACAAAUUAACUGACUUUAAUGGUCCACAUGGAAACACUGAAGGACCGAGCUGCAAAGAUUAUUUACGCAGAGUGCCUAUAAGAAGUAUCCGUCCCCUCGGCUUUUUACAUUUUUACUUUCUUUGCUUAAUGACAUUAAAUUAGUAUUUUAAAGAAGUAAAUAAAAUAUGCUUCUAAAUAAAAUAACUU